CUUUAAAGUAAUCUUUCUUGUUAUCUUGCACAAUUAACUUUUGAUUUUAAUUUCAAAAAUUUAAUAUUUUUCAAUGUAUUCCGUAGUGCUAUCAUUGAAGUUCUUUAUAAACCAAUUAUAAAGAGAUCAGGGCGAAAGGUGAUGACUUCCGAACAAAAACAUUUCCAUUUAAUGGCUGCUGCCUGAUGACAUCUUCUAAACUCUACGUCGAAAUUAUCGAUAUUAAGAUCAAUUCUCCACGCUUAUAGAGGUUUAAGAAGAAGAUUAAAUUGAACUUUGUCUCAUGGCUGUUGUAUUAUUGGAUAAUCUUCCUCUUCCGUCUCUUAAAACCUACUCUCUUGCAAGUUUCUCCUUGUUUAUCAUCGUCUCAAUUUACAGCUACGAUGGUGAAAACGGUACAAAUUUUGAAAGUAUAUUUGAUGUUCUAACGUUCCGUUCGAAGAAAGAUCCCAUUUACAUUUGGACCACAGUAAAUAUGGCUUACUGCGGAUUCUUUCUAUUUGGAAAAAUCAUUCAGAGGCUUGUGUUUGGAAAUUUGAGAGCCAUUGAAAUACAGCACUUAAAGGAUAAAUUUUGGAAUUUUUUGUUCUACAAAUUUAUAUUUGUGUUUGGAGUAUUGAAUGUUCAGAAGAUCAAUGAUGCAAUGCUAUGGUGUGCUUGGCUUACAAUUAUUGGUUUUUGUCAACUUUUUACUCAACUGUGUCAUGAUCGUUUUCAAUAUUUGUGUCAUUCACCAUCAACAACAAAUUUACAACAUGGUAAAGUCGUUUGUCUUGUUAUUGCAAUCAUAUUUUCAUGUUGUUCUUUGACUGGAUUGGCAUUUUUUGUUGGACAAUACAAAGAUAUUCACGUUUUUGUAUUUAUGUUUUGUGAGAUAAGUUUGGUGUUGUUGAAAGUGUUACAGUUGGCGACAAAAUAUGCAAUACAUUUAUUGGAGGUCAAUAGCAGCACAAUGUGGCAAAACCAGAAAAUUGUGACAUAUUAUUGUGAAAUGGGAUUUGACGUGACAAUUUUGUUUCUCGAUAUGAUAUAUCAUAUUUAUAUGUUGAUAUAUGCAAAUAUAUUCCUGAGUAUGGCAAGUCUUGUUCUUGGUAUGCAACUGCGUUCACUUUUUCAUGAAGUAAAACAAAAACUGGCCAAACAUCGCAAAAUAAUCAGAGUGAGAAAAAUUGUCCACAAUAGAUUUACAAAUGCUUCACAGGAAAAUCUUGAGGCUAUGCAAGACAAUAGAUGUGCUAUUUGCUGGGAGAAAAUGGAAAAUGCUAAAAUAUUAAAGUGUGGUCAUAUGUUUCACAGUGAAUGUUUGUGCUCAUGGCUCAUACAUGAUUCAACAUGUCCCACCUGCCGUCAUUCUCUUGAGGAGGAAAUGAGAAAUACAAAUGAUCAAGAAAGCAGACCUCCACGAAGAACAUUAUUUCGAAAUCAUUUCUUUCAUUUUGAUGGUCGACAAAUUGCCAGUUGGUUUCCAAGUUUUUCUGUUGAAGUUCUUCAUGGUGGAGAUGGCGAGAGAAGACAAGCAUUACCAGAUAGUAGAAUUGAUGCUAUGACUCAUGUUGUUCAAAAUAUUUUCCCUGAUAUACCAGUUCAACUCAUACGAGCUGACCUCACUCGGACCAACUCCAUUGACGUCACAACUGACAACAUUCUUGAAGGAAACAUGCCAAAUGUUAGCGCAUGGCAGGAAUCCUCGUUUAACCAACCUUCACUUUCCUCUGAAGCUUCCCUUUUACAGAGCGAAGAGCAAGAAAAUAUAACUUCCUUAGCUGUUAGUCAUGAUCUGGAGGAAAAACCUCCAACAAGUUUUACUAUUAAUCAUGAAGAGAAACUGGGCUCUAGCUCUAGUGAUGUCCAGGUGAACGAAGUUCCUGGUCAGCAGGAAGAGAAACUGGGCUCUAGCUCUAGUGAUGUUCACGUGAACAAAGCCGCUGGUCAGCGUGAAGAGAAACCGGGUUCUAGCUCUAGUGAUGUUCACGUGGACAAUGCCGCUGGUCAGCGUGAAGAGAAACAGGGUUCUAGCUCUAGUGAUGUUCACGUGAACGAACCAGGAGCAUUUGGUGUUGAUUUUGCUUUAGAAUCUGGUGAAAGACAAACAUCUUUGGUAGAUCGCAAGAAACAGAUGUUACAGAAAGCUAGAAAACGAUUUUUGGAGAAAAAUUAAGUUUUUCUGGUCAUGAAUUUGAGAAAGUUUCGCACAGAUUUGAGGCUGGCCAAUGAAAAAGUUCAACGCGAUGAUUUUUGACUUAAACCAGAAUGGUUGUGAUUGUUGGACAUACUACUAAAGCUGUGGAUCGAUGAUUACUGAGGUUGAAGAUUUUUGAAUACGUCACAUUUGACGUUCAUAGAAUAUUCACAAGGUAUUCAAGCACUAAAUAUGUGGAUUUCAUAUCAUUACAUGAAACGUACAAUUGAUAUAUAUAUAUUCAAAUAUUUACACAUAAUAUAAUUCAAGAAACAUAGUUACAUUGAAUCAACAAUUUAAUGAAUAAUAACAUAUUCAUUAAAUAAUGACAAUGUUCCUUUGGGGAACUAACGAUUUGAACAAAAUCCCAUAAAUUUAAUAAUAAAAUCAAUGGCUAUAUCUAA